AUGGCUACUAGCACAGAUGUAGGCUCUACGAGCCUCAGCGGACCCAGGCGUCGAAGACGGCACUCGUUUUUCAUCCCUCGGAGGAAAUCUCUAGUCCACCAGAUCAUAGACACCGAAGAGGGACUGUUGCUCAGGGUCUCCAUCUUCCUCACCGAACUAGAACGACGACUAGAACAGAUCGAGAACGAAGCGGACCUCAAGGUGGAUUCGAGCAUCUCUAAGGCAUUUGCCACCCUACAGGAGAUUCGCGCCAGGUUGCACAUCAUGGUCGAGACGCUCGAGAGCCGAUAUAACGAUGCCCUCGCCGCUGCCGAAGGCCUCAACGAGAAGGCCUGCCUCGGAAUCGAGCUCCUCGAUAGCAUGUUGACCGAAUUCGAAAGCCGUGCGUACAAGUUGAGGGAGCAAGGGCUUGCCAAUGCCGCCGACACGGCCACGGCACUGCUAGACGAGGGCCGCCAUGCGGUGAACGGAAGCCUCGAGAGGGCCAAGGAGGUGGUGGAGGAGAGCAUGGGGCGGGCUAUGCGCGCCGCCGAGUCCCUCGAAGAGCACAUCCAAACCGCCAUCGCCAGGGCGAGGGAAACUCGGUUAAUACACUACGACGACCUCCCCAUGCCGUGGAGGAUCAACCCCCACAUCCGCAAGGGUUACCGCUUCAUCGAGACCAAGACGGACUGCGUAUACUCGGCGUUCAGCCUCUCCAACGAGCUCGUCAACAUCUGGUCCCACGCCGUCGGCUUCGUCGUCGUGCUCUCGAUCGCUCUGUACUUUUACCCCACGAGCCCCAACUUCUCCACCAGCUCCAAAACCGACAUCUUCAUCGCCGCCGUCUUCUUCUUCACCGCGUGCCUCACCCUCGCGUGCUCGACCGUCUGGCACACGAUGAACGCCGUGGCCGACGUGGACGCCAUCUCGCUCUUCGCCUGCGUCGACUACACGGGCAUCAGCGUCCUCAUCGCCGCCUCCAUCAUGACGACGGAGUGGACCGCCUUUACUGCGACCCCGUGA